GGCCCAUCAGAUUUCUUGCUUAUAAUAUAUAUAUAAUUGGAGGACGCUAGGGUUUCUCUCGACUAGCCACAAGCUUCUUCCUGUUCUUCGAGUUCUGCCGCAAACAUGCCUAAGCAAAUCCACGAGAUCAAGGAUUUCCUCCUGACGGCAAGAAGGAAGGACGCCCGGUCGGUGAAAAUCAAGAAGAGCAAGGACAUGGUGAAGUUCAAAGUCCGGUGCUCCAAGUACCUCUAUACUCUCUGCGUGUUUGAUGCCGAGAAGGCUAACAAAUUGAAGCAAUCUCUCCCACCAGGUCUGAGCGUUCAAGACCUGUAGACAGAAAUCGACGGGGACACAACAUUUUGUGGUGAGAUCCGGAGAGUUUUGUUCCAUUGGUUUUUGCUAAAGACUCCAUAUCCUAUCCUUUGUCUUUGUUAUUAAUUUGAUUAUGUGACUUUGGCAUGUUAGCCUGAACUAUGGUUUGUUUCGGUUUUAAUUAGUUGCAUCUUUUAUGCCUUUUCUUGGUGAAA